GCGGCUCCUCGUUUGGUUGUCGCGGCGGCUGGGCCGGGCCGGGCUGGGCUGGGCUGUGCCGGCGGCGGGCGUGGGGCUGGCGGGAGCGGCUGCCCGGCGCGGUGCCCCGGCCCGGGGUGAGCAUGGUGCCCUAGUGCUGGGGCUAUGUCGGAGGCGGCCCGGAGCCUCCUGCAGCGCUGGGGCGCCAGCUUCAGGAAAGGCACCGACUUCGACUCCUGGGGGCAGCUGGUGGAGGCGAUCGACGAGUACCAGAUAUUAGCGAGACAUCUCCAAAAAGAAGCUCAGUCUCAGCACAACAACUCAGAAUUCACAGAAGAUCAGAAGAAAACCAUAGCUAAAAUUGCAACAUGCUUGGAACUGAGAAGUGCAGCUUUGCAGUCCACUCAAUCACAGGAUGAAUUUAAGCUUGAGGAUCUGAAGAAGUUGGAACCAAUCUUAAAGAAUAUCCUCACUUACAAUAAGGAGUUCCCCUUUGAUGUUCAGCCUGUCCCACUCAGGAAGAUAUUAGCGCCAGGAGAAGAGGAACACUUGGAGUUUGAGGAGGAUGAUGAGGAAGGAGGAGCUGGAGCAGGGUCUCCAGACUCUUUUCCUGCUAGAGUUCCAGGUACUUUAUUACCCAGAUUGCCAUCUGAACCCGGGAUGACAUUACUCACCAUCAACAUAGAGAAAAUUGGUCUGAAAGAUGCUGGGCAGUGCAUUGAUCCUUACAUCACAGUCAGUGUGAAGGAUUUGAAUGGAAUAGAUCUGACUCCCGUGCAAGAUACUCCAGUGGCUUUGAGGAAAGAGGACACGUAUGUCCAUUUUAAUGUGGACAUUGAGAUUCAGAAACAUGUUGAAAAACUAACUAAAGGUGCAGCUAUUUUCUUUGAAUUCAAACACUACAAGCCUAAGAAAAGGUUUACUAGCACCAAGUGCUUUGCUUUCAUGGAGAUGGAUGAAAUUAAACCUGGGGCAAUUGUUAUAGAACUGUACAAAAAGCCCACUGACUUUAAAAGGAAGAAAUUGCAACUGUUGACCAAGAAACCACUUUACCUUCACCUCCAUCAAACAUUGCACAAGGAAUGACCCUAUUUGUGAGACUUCUGUGAACUGAACCUCAAGUCAUGGUAGCUGUGUGUAGUAGCCUUAGGCUUCGAAGGGCAGGAAAAUGACUGUAUUCAUGCCAGUAGGUCAAACGGGACCAUCACACACUGCACAGCACUACUUCAGGGUCAGAGGCAAGCCCACCAUCCAAGUGCAAAAUUUUUCAGUACCUUCCAGAUGCAGGUUUUUCUGAAAGCCCUGAAAUAUUUUGACUGCUUUUCCUAAUUUUGCUGUUCGUCACCUUUAUCUUAACCAUUAUUAUCCUUUUGCCUCUAACUCCACCAAAGGUCGGAGACCGCCCUUUUGCCAGACCUGUAGCAAUAAAGACGUGGCAGGCCUACUAACCUGUUUACACUUGCUGUGCUAUUGUAGUUCCUCUCAUCUGCAUUUCAGAGUCCUGGGUAGCAGAAGAGCAGGAGGAAGAGAAGGUGGGGUGGGAAGGAGCUUGAGCUGCUGGAAGUGAUGGUGAAGCGAGUGGGAGGAGGAUGGGUCGAGUGAGGUGGCUGCAGAAGAGCUCCUCGGCCAGCUCUUGUGCUUUGCUUGGGCCAGGAAGAGGGUGACUGCAGAUGAGAAAGCUGAACUAUGAUUGUAACAGUUGAAUCUUAGUUCUUAGCCUUGCCUGAUCCACUCUUACCAAGUUUUGGACGCAGUACGUAUCACAGUCCUUUAAAUCACAGCUACUCCCUAGAGCUGAUUAGUCUGUAUCUUGUCACAGAAUGAUUUGCGAAGAUGGGUGGGGGAAGGAGGAAGGCUUUCUUUGAGGCUUCGUCUUCACGUCAGUGGGUAUUUCUCCAUUCCAGUCGUAGCAGGACGGGCCCCUCAGUGUUCCAACAGUUUUCCAGAGCUUUUGUUGAAGUCGAUCUGGCUAUUGGGUUGGACCCCUCCCCUCCUUUUACAAGAAACUGCUGUUCUUAUGGAAAUGAUCGUAAAAUAGUUUUCUGCAUGUUUUGUGCAAGUCUGGAAACUUACUCCAAAAAUUCCCUUUUUAUGUAAGUAGAUAGGAUUAGCAUUUAUUUUCUAUAUUUUUGGUUCAGUGUGUGAUAAGCUGCAGGACAUUGGCUUACGAUGACACACUUGCAUUCACUUUUUGACCUAAUAAAGGGACAGAAGUAGACCCCAGUCAAGUCUUUCAUAUAUUUAAUACAGUACUUUAAUGUUUGAUAUACUUAUUAUGUAUCUAACUAGUGCCUAACUACUCUGCUAUGCUAACAACAGACCCAGCUCCCCAGCUAGUGCCAAACACGAGCUUUAUUUCAGGCAGUCUGGAUGCAGGUGUCCCACCAGUUUCUUUUCUCUGACCCGUAGCCCCGAGAUGUUGCAGUUUGCUUUACAGGGACAGGGUGUUACUUUUCCUUGUCUGCCUGUAGAUGGCUCUUGGACAUAUUAUGAGGAGAAGAAGCUAUUUUUGAAUGUGCUGAUUUUUCUCACCUUCCCUUGGUUCUGGCUUAAGUAGGGAUAAAUUUCCCUCAGUCUUCCUCACUGAAUAACUGGUGAGCUAUUAUUACAAAAGCCAGCAACGCUGCUUCAGAUACUACCAGUAGUCGGAGAUUGUUGGGUUUUUUUAUUCCUGAAGGAAGAAAAAGUGCAAGUGAAUUUUCCUGUUUAUGGGUCUUUGUGGUACCCCAAUGGUGUUGUGCUGCGAUAACAUCCAAAUAUCAAGCCCAGGAAAAGAUCUCCGUGUGAGCUGCAGAAACCUCUGGAUGAAGCAUUCUAAAUACCACACAAAAGUAUUUUCUUUUUUAAAUCCUUCAAAUUCUGCUAAAGGAUAGAGCAGAGGCAUUGGUUUAACGUCUGUGGCUGCAAAUAAACCUGAGCUGGGGCAGUAGCUGGGUUAAUUGCCGACAGUCCUUGGCUGGUUCAGGUCUCUUUCUGACCGAGGAAUCUGGAGUGCCAAGCCUUAGCGUCUCCCUCUGCAGGCACCAGCCCUGGCUUUGUCCCUGCCAUCCUCUCGCUGCUUCUGGCGUCACUCAGUGCCCAGUGAAAGCACUGAAGUAAAUCAUGCGUUUCCUCUGCCUGUGACUGACAGCACACUCAGUGCACUCAGCCUCCUCCUGGUGCUCCCAGAGGAUGAUUCCUUCCGGCUUUAGGGUGUCUUAACUAAGGCUUGCUGGGUGAGGAAGGGAAGAGACACUGAACAUCACAGAGCUUGGUGUUGGGAAGAUCCUGACUUACCCGCUAUUCACACUGAAUGUUCUCACUUAAAAUUCCAAACCCAUUGUUUCAGCUACUUACCGUGACUCCUCUCCAGCCUCUAUGUGUCCCUAUUAACUCCAGUUAUAGCAAAUGUCAACUGGGUGGUGUUUUUGUUAAAUACACGAGUAGAGCUUUGUAUUUAACUCAUUGUGAAUUAAUGGCUGUAAGCGGGAAAUGCCAUUUUUUGAAGUUGCUUUUUCAUUUUCCUGUGAACUGUUACUCACGGAAAGGACUAAGGACUACUACCCCUCACACCACAAGCUCCUACCUGUAUGAUUUUAUGCUUUAGUGAUGUUCUGCCUAUCUUGUCCUUCGUCUGAAAUCUGAAGCUUAAUACUUUUGAACUGUAAGACUGUGUAACACCUCCAUGGCAACUUUAAUGGCUGCUUGUACUCUGGCAGUAAAGCUGUAAUGGCCUUCAUUAGAUUUUUAUUAUUCCUA